AUGGGGUCGAAUGAUGCAGCUUAUGGAGCGAUAAUUCCUUAUCUCGAGACAUACUAUCGCAAAAACUACACCAUUAUCUCCUUGGUAUUCCUCUCACCGUUCGUCGGCUAUACCAUAUCUGCAAUCCUCAGCAACAUGAUCCACCAGCACCUCGGCAGACGAGGGAUCACUAUUAUCGCGCCGAGCUGCCACUUGCUAGCUUUUGCGGUCAUAUCUGUUCAUCCGCCAUUCCCGGUGCUUGUGGUUAUGUAUGUGCUUGUUGGCUUGGGCAGUGGAUUCCAUAAUGCAGCAUGGAACGUCUGGAUCGGAAACAUGGCAAACUCGCAUGAGGUGCUUGGAUUCUUUCAUGGGUUCUACGGCAUCGGUGCUACAGUUAGUCCUCUUGUUGCCACGAGUUUGAUCACGAAGGCAGGAUGGGAGUGGUACUCUUACUACUAUCUGAUGACCGGAGCAGCUGCUAUAGCGCUGGUAUAUGCCGCCAGUGCCUUCUGGGCCGAAACAGGCGAAAGAUAUCAACUUGAGAAUCCGAGUAUUCCUGGCAGGGAGGGAGGAGCAUUUUCUCAGACACGCAUAUCACUCACAUACAAGGUCACCUGGAUCUGUGCCGUAUUCCUCUUCCUCUACGGCGGUAUCGAGGUGGCAAUCGGUGGCUGGAUUGUCGUUUUCAUGACCAACGUCCGCCAUGGAGGCGCCUUCGCAUCCGGAAUGGCAGAAACAGGCUUCUGGUUGGGUAUCACAAUCGGUCGAUUCGUACUAGGCUUUGUCUCGCCUCGAAUCGGAGAAAAGCUGUCGAUUGCUAUAUACCUCCUGCUUGCCAUCACUCUCGAGCUUGUCUUUUGGCUUGUGCCAGAAUUCAUUGUGUCGGCGGUUGCAGUGGCAUUUGUUGGAUUCUUCAUGGGAACGAUCUUUCCUGGAGUUGUGAUUGUGAUGACUCGUUUGCUUCCGCGGAAUCUUCAUGUUGCGGCUAUUGGUUUUGCGGCGGCUUUCUCUAUGGGUGGUGGUGCGGUGUUCCCUUUCAUGAUUGGUGCUAUUGCUCAGGCUAAAGGUGUUGUGGUGUUGCAGCCUAUUUUGCUUGCGAUGCUGGCUGUGUCUUUGGGCAUUUGGGCAAUGCUUUUCCGGCUUCCUCGUGAGAUCUCUCACCAAGUUUGA